AUGGCAGAAGAUAAAUCUCAAGUGUUUGAAGAAUCAUGGUUUCAGUAUGGGAUUAACAUGAAAAUACAUGAUCAGAAUGCGAACUGCAUAUCAUCUUCUGAUUCUUCAGUUGAAGAUUCCGUAUUUUCAAAUGAGUCAUCAUCUUCUUCUAUCGAUACGGCAGAUGAUGCAUCUUCUUCUCUGUCUGCAGAUUCAAGUGGAGGUUUAUAUGAUCUAACAGAUCUCAUGGAAGAAUUGCCCAUCAAAAGAGGGCUCUCCAAGUUUUAUAAAGGGAAAUCAGAGUCUUUUACAACAUUUUCAAUGGUGAAGAGCAUAGAAGAUUUGGUGAAGAAAGAGACACCUUACAAAAGAAAAAUGAAGGCUUCAAAAAGCUAUGCAGUUGGCUUAAAUAGUUAUAAACUUUACUCUCUUCCUAAGCCCAUUAUAUCAAAGAAAACUCCAAAGGCUUCUUUUUCACCAUCUUUACCAAGUAAAAGAGGAAAUAUUAUCACAGCAGCACCCACUGACUCCUCUUUUAAUUAA